AUGAACAGAAAUAGGCAAAGAUUAAUUGAAGUAUUGGAAAAUGCUUUUUCGCAGAGUGAAAAGAUUCCCCCAGAAGACAUGGUGUUUUCCUACAGAGGUAUUUUAUACCCUUCUACACUUAGCAGCCCAGAAACUUUUGAAGCUCUGAAGUCCUUUGAAGCCAGGAGCGAUGAUGUGAUCCUAGCAGGCUAUCCUAAAACAGGAAACAACUGGCUUAGUGAAAUUGUGAAGGAGUUGGAAUCAGCAGAUGCCAAAUAUACAGAAGAAGAAAUGGAAGAGAGAAUAAAUGCUGAAAAGAAGCUACAGACAUUUCCAUGUCUAGAAUUUGGGGAUCCUGGGAUAUAUGAGAGGAUGAAGAAACUGCCUUCCAGAAGAAUUAUAGUAACCCAUCUGCCACCUCAUCUCCUACCCCCAUCCAUUCUUCAAAACAAGGCUAAGAUCCUUGCACUAGUUCGGAACCCCAAAGACACGGCUGUCUCCUAUUACCACUUCUACAACAACUUGCCUCUGGUGCCAUCCUUCCCCUCCUGGAAUGAGUACUUUGCAGCCUUCAUGAAUGGGAAAUUGACCUGGGGAUCCUACUUUGAUCACUUAGUGGAAUGGAACAAAUACAUCAACCAUGAGAGUAUCAUGAUGAUAAGCUAUGAGGAACUCAAAGAGAACCAGGUACUGGGAAUGAAAAAGAUUGCUGACUUCUUUGGAUUCUCCCUGUGUGAGGAAGAUUUUCACAUAAUUGCCAAGAACACUAGUUUUCAAGCUAUGAAAGAGAAAUCCAAGGAAACUCAUGGAAAGUUUGGGGACAUCCUCUUCCGGAAGGGGGUUGUUGGGAACUGGAGAGAUCUCUUCUCUGCAGCUCAGAAUGAAGAAAUGGACCGAAAAUUUGAAGACUCCCUAGGAGGAACGAAGCUGGCGGCAAAGAUUAAAUACGAUGUGUACUGCAAGGCCUGA